CGCUCCCACAGCCGGAGCGCCGCUCAGCUGACCGGCGGGCGCCAGACGCCGGGCUCACCGCUCGCUGGCGCAGCUGCGGCGGGCGUGAGCCUCUUCCGCCGACACUCCCCCUCCGCGCCCUUCCCCCACCGGGACCGGGAGCCUAGCUGACCCGGAGCGAGCUCGCGGCUGCUUCCCCGGCGCCGCGCGAGGAGCUAGGCUGUGGUGACUAGCGGUGGCAGUCCGGCCAUGGGCGCGCCGGUGUCGCCCUAGGACGGGGGCGCGGAGACCGCAGCCAGAGUGGCAGCCGCUGCAGCGAGCCUCCCGGGCGACGGCGGCCGGAGCAGCGGGGCCGGGAUGAGCGGGAGCGGCGCGGCCCCCGGCCCGGGCUCGGGCUCCUCCCAGGCCGCCUGCCGCUUCGCGCACUACUUCGUGCUGUGCGGCAUCGACGCGGACAGCGGGCUGGAGCCCGACGAGCUGGCUGUUUUGUACCAAUGGCUAGAAGCAGAUCGUCAUGGCAGGAGCCAAGGUGCUGCAGAUACGACCUCAGGUGAAAAUUUUGACCAGAGUCCUUUGAGAAGAACAUUCAAAUCCAAGGUUCUGGCCCACUAUCCUCAGAAUAUAGAAUGGAACCCUUUUGAUCAGGAUGCGGUGAACAUGUUGUGCAUGCCGAAAGGGCUGUCCUUCAGAACACAGACUGACAAUAGAGACCCUCAGUUCCACUCAUUUAUAAUUACUCGGGAAGAUGGGUCUCGUACCUACGGUUUUGUUCUCACUUUUUAUGAAGAAGUUACCAGUAAGCAGAUCUGCACGGCCAUGCAGACGCUCUACCAGAUGCACAAUGCGGAGCACUACAGCAGCGUCUGUGCUUCCUCCUCCUGCAGCAUGGACUCGCUGGCGAGCAGCAUCGAUGAGGGGGAUACUACUUCCCUUUUGAAACUCCAGCGAUACAACUCCUAUGACAUCAGCAGGGACACCCUGUAUGUUUCCAAAAGUAUAUGUUUGAUCACACCACUGCCCUUCAUGCAGGCCUGCAAGAAAUUCCUUAUCCAGCUUUACAAGGCAGUUACCUCCCAGCAGCCACCACCCUUGCCACUGGAGAGCUACAUCCAUAAUAUUCUCUAUGAAGUGCCCCUUCCACCUCCAGGGAGAUCGCUGAAAUUUUACGGUGUUUAUGAACCCAUCAUCUGCCAGAGGCCUGGGCCCAGCGAACUCCCCCUCUCCGAUUACCCUCUUCGAGAGGCCUUCGAGCUCCUGGGCUUGGAGAACCUGGUGCAGGUGUUCACCUGUGUUCUUUUAGAGAUGCAGAUCCUUCUCUACUCACAAGAUUACCAACGCCUGAUGACUGUGGCGGAAGGCAUCACCACACUCUUGUUCCCAUUUCAGUGGCAGCAUGUUUAUGUGCCCAUCCUCCCUGCUUCUCUGCUACAUUUUCUUGAUGCUCCUGUCCCUUAUCUGAUGGGCCUUCAGUCAAAAGAAGGAACUGACCGUUCUAAACUAGAACUUCCUCAAGAGGCUAAUUUGUGUUUUGUGGAUAUUGACAACCAUUUCAUUGAGUUGCCUGAGGAAUUUCCACAGUUCCCCAAUAAAGUGGAUUUUAUCCAGGAACUUUCUGAAGUUCUCCUUCAGUUUGGGAUCCCUCCUGAGGGCAACUUACAUUGCAGUGACAGUGCCACCAAACUGAAGAAUCUGGUCCUGAAAGACUUGGUCAAUGACAAGAAGAAUGGCAACGUCUCCGCGAAUAACAUCAGCAUGUAUGAGUUACUGAAGGGCAAUGAAACCAUAGCCCGCCUCCAGGCUCUGGCCAAGAGGACCGGUGUGACUGUGGAAAAAAUGGACCUCUCUGCCUCUCUGGGUGAAAAAGAAAAGGAUUUGAAACUGCAGUGCGAAGAGGCAGAACUGAGGGACUACCAGCUCAACGUACAGCUCCGAGAGGUGUUUGCUAACCGCUUCACACAGAUGUUUGCAGACUAUGAAGCGUUCGUGAUUCAGAGCGCCCAGGACUUGGAGUCCUGGCUCACCAACCGAGAGCAGAUGCAGAACUUUGACAAAGCUUCCUUUCUCUCUGACCAGCCUGAGCCAUACCUACCCUUUCUGUCACGCUUCAUUGAAACACAGAUGUUUGCCACCUUCAUUGAUAAUAAAAUUAUGUCUCAGUGGGAGGAGAAAGAGCCUUUGCUUCGAGUCUUUGACUCUCGGAUUGAGAAGAUCAGACUGUACAAUGUAAGGGCGCCCACCUUGAGGACGUCGAUAUAUCAGAAAUGCAGCACUUUAAAAGAAGCAGGUGACCUCUUUAGGCAGAGGCUGUCUGCUGUUGAUAUUGCGGCCCCAGAACCUCAUGAUUUCUGUGCAGAAAGGCAACAAGUUGAUACCCAGUCAAUUGAGCAGCGGCUGAUGAAAAUGGAUCACACUGCAAUCCACCCACAUCUACUUGAUAUGAAAAUUGGCCAAGGCAAAUACGAGCAAGGGUUCUUUCCAAAGUUACAGUCCGAUGUUCUGGCAACAGGACCAACGAAUAACAACCGCUGGGUAAGUCGGAGCGCCACCACGCAGCGCAGGAAAGACCGCCUCCGCCAGCACCCGGACCACGUGGGCCUGGACAGCGACGUGAGGGAGCCUUCCGGGGAACUUUCGGUCUGUCAGAACUCCAUGGCAUUCUGGGAGUGGGAUCAGGGUACACCUCCUCCUGCACGACUUCCCAAAAAAUCCUUCUCUGAGUGCUGCCUGAAAUACAUGCAAGAGGCGCGAAGUUUAGGAAAAAACCUGAGGCAACCGAAGUUGUCAGACCUCUCCCCAGCAGUGAUUGCGCAGACCAACUGGAAAUUUGUCGAAGGCUUAUUAAAGGAAUGCAGAAUGAAGACAAAACGCAUGUUGGUGGAGAAGAUGGGCCACGAAGCAGUGGAGCUGGGCCACGGGGAAGCGAACAUCACGGGCCUGGAGGAGAACACCUUGAUCGCCAGCCUCUGCGACCUCCUGGAGAGGAUAUGGAGCCACGGCCUGCAGGUCAAGCAGGGGAAGUCGGCUUUAUGGUCACAUUUAAUUCAGUUUCAGGAUAGAGAAGAGAAACAAGAGCACCUUGCAGAAUCACCAGUUGCCCUGGGACCAGAAAGGAGAAAAUCUGACUCCGGAGUUAUGUUGCCAACACUCAGGGUCUCCCUUAUCCAAGACAUGAGGCAUAUUCAAAACAUGAGCGAGAUCAAGACUGAUGUUGGACGAGCUCGGGCAUGGAUAAGACUGUCUCUGGAAAAGAAGCUCUUGUCCCAGCACCUCAAGCAGUUGCUCUCCAACCAACCCCUCACCAGGAAGCUUUAUAAGCGCUAUGCUUUCCUACGUUGCGAAGAAGAAAGAGAACAGUUCCUUUACCAUCUCCUCUCCCUCAACGCUGUGGACUACUUCUGCUUCACCAGUGUGUUCACCACGAUCAUGAUUCCAUAUAGGUCAGUGAUCAUCCCCAUCAAAAAGCUGAGCAAUGCGAUCAUCACGUCGAACCCCUGGGUCUGUGUGUCGGGAGAACUGGGAGACACAGGAGUGAUGCAGAUUCCCAAAAACCUCCUCGAAAUGACUUUCGAGUGCCAGAACUUGGGGAAGCUGACCACGGUGCAGAUUGGUCAUGAUAACUCGGGGCUGUUAGCCAAGUGGCUAGUGGAUUGUGUCAUGGUCAGAAAUGAAAUCACAGGACAUACAUACAGGUUCCCCUGUGGGCGGUGGCUGGGGAAGGGCAUUGAUGACGGAAGCCUGGAGAGGAUCCUUAUUGGAGAGCUGAUGGCAUCGGCAGCCGACGAGGACCCGGUAAAGCAGUGCCGGACGCCCCCGCAGCAGAAGUCCCCCACCACGGCCAGGAGACUUAGCAUCACUUCACUAACAGGAAAAGUCACCAAACCCAAUGCUGGGCAGAUCCAAGAAGGGAUCGGAGAAGCCGUGAACAACAUUGUGAAACAUUUUCACAAACCUGAAAAAGAGAGAGGAAGCCUCACGGUGCUGCUGUGUGGGGAGAACGGCCUGGUGGCGGCCCUCGAACAAGUUUUCCACCACGGGUUCAAAUCCGCCCGCAUCUUCCACAAGAACGUCUUCAUCUGGGACUUCAUAGAGAGAGCGGUUGCUUAUUUUGAAACCACUGACCAGAUCCUGGACAGCGGAGAUGAUGUCCUUAUUCCAAAAUCAUCCUGCAAAACGUUCUGCCACUAUGUAAAUGCUAUUAAUACUGCACCCAGGAAUAUUGGGAAGGACGGCAAAUUCCAGAUUUUAGUUUGCCUCGGAACACGGGACCGCCUGCUCCCGCAGUGGAUUCCGCUGUUAGCCGAGUGUCCUGCCAUUACCCGAAUGUAUGAAGAGAGUGCCCUCCUGCGGGACCGCAUGACCGUCAACUCCCUCAUCCGCAUUCUGCAGACCAUUCAGGACUUCACCAUAGUCUUAGAAGGAUCCCUCAUCAAAGGAGUGGACGUGUAACCCAGCUGGCUAGACACUCAGUCCAGACCCCUGCUCCUGACCUCCCGUCUGGGACCCAUUCGGACUUGUCUGACAGGCAGUGGGCCGCUGCAGGGGGCGGCGCACCCUGCCCCCGCCCACGAGCAGUCCUCACACCACAGACAAGGCAAAAUGCUGUAUUGUAGUUCGUUUGAACCAGGAAUUUAGUAUCAGAUAGAGUAUUUUCAUGUGUUAGAUGUGUGUAAAUAUGCUAUCUUCUUUAAGAAAUUAUAUUACUCUAAUAAGAUACUUUUCUUAGAUUGAAGAUUCCUGUGAUUUAAAAUAAGUAGCUUAAAAGCUUUGGGAGUUGGGGGGAAGAGUGGUGCUAGUCAGGAAGAAGCCAGCAAACAUGUGAAUAGAGGGCAGCCCAGCCGGGCUUUUUUCCUCCUGGAAUCACAAAGGAACCCAGAAUGCAUUGCUGGGUCCAAGCCAUGGACCCUGGAGGCGGACCCUUGGCAUGUGAACGUAAACAGCUCUACCUACUGUACGGGGACGGUCCUCACUUGUAUUUUUUAAGUUGCAAAUGGUUUCAUUCAUAUGACUUGAGUCACUUUUCCAAAAAUUUUUUAUCGGCACAAGAUGAAGAUAUAAUUCAAAUACUUAAAAUACUGAACCCCAGGAGUUUGGCUUAACUGGAAAGAGAAUACACAAAGCCCUGAGAAGUGUGUUAAAUUGUGGGAUUAUACCUUCUUUACAGUUCGGAAAGAUUAGCCUAGACUAACUUCAUUCUUUGCAUUUUUAUUCUUGUUAUUGGAGGUACUUUGGGCAGAUGUGAAUUUCGAAGUGUUGGCCUCAUAGUCAUAACGACUGCAAACAGCAAUGCGAUUCUGUACUUUUUAUUUGGCCACCUAAACCCUGCAGUGGUCCCUUACCUCUGAAGAGUAACCAUAAACCCGUCUUUGUUUGGUUCCCAACGCCUCCUCCCCUCUCCCGUGCCCAUCCCCCUCUCAGGAAAUGGAAGGAAUUUCAGAGAAGGAGGAGGGCUUUGUGUGGCUUGGAAUGUUUUUGUGAAAGUAUUUGUUGACCAAGAUAAUGCAAAUAACAGAAGGGGAGAGAAAGAACAAGCCCUUUCUGGGCGUUUGGGGCAAGCUUUACGCUCCUUUGUGAGCAGGGGUAGUAGUGUCAGACGACUGGCCCACGGGAGGUGAAAGCCAGUACGGCACAGACGGCAAAAUGCGAGGGAAACGAGACGCAGCGGUUUUCAAAGACCAAAUGUUAUGAGUAACUUUCCAGCUUGAUGUUGUAUGAGAAAGUUAAACAAAUGUGGUGUUAGCUAGUUACCUUACGUCUUCAUCAUACAGGAGGUCCUGUAAUUAGGCUUUUUGCACAUCGUUAGCAGUGAAAUUGCCUCAGCAGAGCUUUGGGUUUUAUUCCCAGUUGUGGCCGAGAUGCAAAGCCAUGGCCUGUCAGGACCCUCGUGUGAUCCGAGGGCCCUGGUUGGUGUCGGCCCUGGUGGAACACCAGCCAACAGUGGUGUUGCCCUGAUUUCCUGGAGGAAGAAACUCGUGAAGCAAGUACCUCACUCCCUUUAUCUGACUCUUCAGCCAGGCCAGCCAAGGGACACCUCCUUUUGAUGCGCGACUUAGUUCUUGAGGGGGAAAGGGGUUGAAGAAUUUAGAAACCAUGGAAAGGGUUUAAGGCGGUGGUUCUGGGUGACUUGGGGGACCAGAGGUGGGUUUGCUUGAGGCUAAAGCACGUCUUUGGUGGCGUGGCUGUUCAGAGACAUGGAAAUUCUUCAAUGGGAGGCGUCACAAGCCUGUUUUGCACCAGGCCCUUACCGUGGUUCAGUGAUCGGGAACCAGAGAACGAUCCAAUCGAGCGAUUUGUUCUUACUGCCUUUUCCAUGAGGCCAUGCUUCUGACACACUCCGGCAACCCGGGACAUGACUUAGUUAGACUGAGCCGACUCGUCCCGCCUUCUCAUUUUAUAGGUGGGAACACUUCAGGAUUAGAGAGAUCAAGUACUCCCAGAGCUGGUCAGCGACAACACAGAGCCUAGAGUCACGUUGCUUUAUUCCACGAGGCCGUGUGGGACCGGCCUCCAGAGCACUCAUCCAUCCAUCCGGGUAGCCCUCUGCCCUCAGAUCUUCAGGCAUUCACUACAGGCAGGAAAUAAGGGUUGAUGUUCCUGCCUAAUAACCACUUACAAGGAUUAAUAUUCACUUUAACAAAUUAUUCACAAGUAGUAAAAACUGGGAGAAAAUUCGAUUUGGGGGUCUGUGAAUAAAACCAUGACCUUAAAAGGUAAUGCCCACAGAGUUAUUAUCCCUAAAGUUUUAUCCACUUUGUGUAGUAUAACUGUAACGGUGAUGCCACCGAUGUCCAGAGAGAGAGACACACCCCCCACCAGGCCAGGCCCCUUGAAGUGGCCGCCCUGGGAACCCGUACAUCUCAGUGCAGUGAAGACAGCAGUGUGCUAAGCAGCUGAGCCCGGGAGGAGCUCUUCCUGAGCUGCUGGAAAGGCCGGCAGCCCCUGGGAUCCAAGCCGAUGAAUAAAAAGGACACUCAAGCAGAGUUUGAGUAACACAAGAGACACAAUUUUAAAGAAACGAGGUUUAGUUCUUACGUGGCUUCUGCCUGUCUCUGGGCCAACACCCAAGGGCUGUGAGCAGGGCGACAGCGGAUUCCACAGAAAAACGCGCACAGCCUUCCACGCCGACUCUGGGAGGGGCCGGUCCCUUUAAGAGGUAUCCUUUCUGUUAUGUUUAUUUUUAAAGUUAGUAUAUGGCUUUAUCAUCACACCUCAAAGGUAAAUAAAGAGCAAUUUUGUAAUUGACAUUUUUCCCUCAAAAUAAAUGAGAAGGAAUGUCUGGGACCGUAAUUAGUAGUUUUGCAUAGUAAUGGCUUAAAAAGAAAUCGUUUUAAAAUUACAUCGCCAAAAAUAGUACUUCUUGAAAACCUUUUCUUAGGCAUUUUUCAAGUGGCCUGAAACUCCUAGCCUGACCCUUUGCAGCACAGCAGCGUCACCCCCCACGGCAGUGUUGGCGUUUUGCAUGAGACCCCACAGCUGGGCCCUGCCAGGGCCCAUCAGCACCUUGACAUUGACUCAGGCGCAGGGUCCAGUCGUGUAGAAAAGUGAGGCUCCAGGUGGCGGAAAACAGGCUACGAGGGAAAAAAAAUAAAAAAGGCCUCCCCGCCCUCCCCGCCCUCCUUCCCACUGGGGGCAAGAAUUUCACAUAAGUAACAAAAAACCUGUAAAAGUUUACGAUUUCCCUCUAAAAUUCAUUUUAAAUGUUUCACAGAUUUUUGUACCUUUUGUAACCCUGUGGUAUUUACUUUACCGUGGCUUUUUAAAAAAUUAUUUUCAUGAACUUCUGUCCCACUCAAUGAGUGAUAUGGGGGAGAUACUGAAUUGCUUAUAUUUCCUUUUUUGGCAAUAAAUCGCUGUUGUAUGUACAUGUAAGUGAAAGGGGUAGAGAUGAUGCAUAACAGUUUGUGUGUUGUCAAGGUUGACACCUCCAGAUGUUUCAAAACAUGAGGCAACAGACAGGGACCUCAGAUCCCCAGGGAAAUAUUUCGACAGCAGUGGGAGUAUAACUCUUCAUAAUGAACGGCUCUCUGCUAAGAAUUAGGAUUUUUCAGAAGAUUUUUUAUUUUGAGAACUGUGAGUGUUUUCUCUGUGAGGUUUACAGAAACAGUCCAUCCUUUUCACCGUGUUGAAAGGACAAUCGGAACCUUCGCUAUUUCUGUUUCAGUGUUAAAGCGCCUUCGUUGAUGGAGAACACAGUCUUCUGCUCCUCGUUGCUUUCUUAAAGUGAAUCCUCUUUCAGGGUCAUCUUUGUCUUCUGAAGUCCCUGGUUCUUAGGUUAAGUAGUCAUCACAUUACCAUUUAGCUUAAUAGGAGACAGAAGCAAAUAAUAAACUAUUAGGCCCCUUAUUCCUAUUAAAUGCAUUUCUACAUCUCUUCAUUCAAACCGAUUUCCAAGCUUUUUGAAGAGAGUGUCGAUGGAGUAUGCUCAAAAUAACUCAAGGAGAACCUCGCCCUUCAUGUCUUUCUAGAACUGAUCGUCCUCCAAGGACGAAGUAACAGUCGACUCCAGAAAGGCGUGACGCUGAGCAAUGAACACCAGAGUGAAAAAUACCAAAAUCGCUCUCCUCCUUUGGAAAAAGUAAUCCUCCUCAUUUGAAGGAAUCCAGGGUAUCCUUGGGUUAUGUGGGAAGGGACUGUACUUGACUCAGUCACCUGAAUGUAUUCUGUGUGGCUCAUCUUUACCCCAGACACUGAAUCUUCUUGACACAGAGGUGUGGGAAGGAAUGCCUGUUGUCAAUCAACUGAAGGUGUUAAACAUACAGAAAACAUCCUCUAUGUUAUACUUGAACCAUGUAUAAAUGUACCCUGUGUAUCUUUUUAACAAAUGAGCAUUUCUGCAUUUAAAUUAUAUUGUUUUCCUGUAUAUUAUUAACAAAAUGCAUCAGAACUGGAUUUUUUUCCUCAUCUGAACAUAAUAUAAAACUUAAAGAGUAUUGUGAUUUCAAGCACUUUAGCAUACAUAUGAGAGACACUGAUGUGGGUUUUUCAGGUUUUAGAGUACAUUUAAAUUUGACUUUUCAUGCUUUGUUCUUUACAAUAAAACUGUGGGGUUGAUACUU